AUCAUUCGCCCUUCUGUCGCGUAUUGUGCUAGCAUGGCGCCGACGUACUCGCCGGAGCCGGAGCCGCCGUUCCGGCCGAGGGAAAAGAUAGUGGAGAAGCAGAGGUACUUCCAGAGCGUGCACAGGCCGACCUACCUCAAGGGGCGCUAUGACGUGAUCACCUCCGUCGCCAUCCCUCUCGCCCUGGCCGCCUCCAGCAUGUUCCUCGUCGGGCGCGGGAUCUACAACAUGUCGCACGGCAUCGGGAGGAAGGAGUGACCAUUGAAGCCCUCUCUUCUGUGACACAGACGAGCCCUUGUACAGCCGUGUGUGUACGUGCCUUUGUGAAGUGAAAGCAAUGUAGUGUGCAGUACUAGAAGUGUUGGAUUCAGAUGGGAGUUGUCGCCUAUUUUGAACGAGCAAGCCAACAAUCGAGUGGUUUUCCAGUCAAGAUAACAAAAGAGCAGC